UCACAUAAGAUUCCUGGACACUACAUGUGAAUAAAGCAACCCACCAAGAUCACCCCCACAACACCAGACAUUUCCUCAGCUAUCCAAGCGAAGUAUCAUUACUUGAUCUCCUUCACUAUCCUCCUCCUCCCCCCCACAAGACACUAACCCUCUGUUCUCUUUGUCACGUCUCCACCUUUCCCUUCUUGAAAUAUCACCGAUCACAAACAUGAGCACGCUCUUCUUAAUCAUCCUUUCAAUUCUUUCAUCUUUAGUCCCUCUGAGUUUUGCCAGUAAUGUGCAUGUCAAUAACCCUUGCCGAUCUUAUUGCGGUAACAUAACUAUUGAUUACCCUUUUGCACUCCAAUAUGGCUGUGGCCAUCCAGGUUUCAGGGACCUCUUAUUUUGCAUGAAUGAUGUACUGAUGUUUCAUAUAAGCUCAGGAUCAUACCGAGUGCUAGAAAUAGACUAUGCAUACCAAUCUGUCACAAUCCACGAGCCUCACUUGUCAACCUGUGACACCCUUGUGCUAGGUGGCAAGGGUAAUGGUUUCGCAGUCGAGCAAUGGCGGUCUCCAUACUUCAACCCGACCGCUGAUAACGUGUUCAUGCUAAUAGGUUGCUCCGCUCAAUCAUCACUGUUCCAAGGAUUCCCCGGGAAGCACCUGCCUUGUCGAAACGUUUCGGGUAUGGGCUGCGAAGAGUACUAUGGGUGCCCAGCAUGGAGUCUAGCGGGCCGUGGACAAAUGGGCUCGAUGUUCGGGUCAGGUCCCCCAGAAUGUUGUGCGGUGGCAUUUGAGGCUAUUAGGGCUAUAAAUCUCAGUAAACUUGAUUGUGAAGGUUAUAGUAGUGCUUAUAGCCUUGCACCAUUAAGGGUUGAUGGGCCUAGUGAAUGGUCUUUUGGGAUCCGAGUGAAAUAUUCUGUUCAAGGGAACGAGUUCUGUAGAGCCUGCGAGGCAACUGGUGGAACAUGCGGGUAUGGCUCUAAUGGGAUUAGGCAGCUGUGCAUGUGUGGAGACAUGAAUUCCACGUCAAAUUGUGACUCAGUUACCUCGGCAACAGAUAGAAGAAGAGGGCACGGGUUGGUGACAGUACUAACAGCAAUUUCUUUCAGUAUAUUAGCAUGGAUAUGAUGACUGACAAUCACAGUUGAAGGGACGUGCGAUCCCACACCAAUAUCUGAAGUGUUUGUAAAUGACGUGAUCACUAUAUAUGAAUGCAUUGAGAGAAGGAGAGAGAUGGAGCUAGCUAGCUCAUUUUUCAAAUAUCCAUGUUAUUAUCAAAUAUUGGUUGAUCUUUGCAUUACCAACACUUCAUUUUUUUUUGGUUUUGCUGUAAAGAGGGAAAUGUAAGCAUUAAUCUAGAAGUCUAUGUGCUUACAUUGCCAACAGUACUUUCAUUUUGGAGGUUUUUUUCUUUGCCGUUGUCAUGAAUGCUAGAUUUUAUUUUACUUUUUUUUUA